AUUUAAGGAGAAAAAAUUCCCGAGAUAUUUAAACAGCUGGAGACUUUUAUAGACCCGAAAAUGCCGGAGCACUUAAAAGGAAAGGUGUGGAUCCAUCAGAGGGAAGCGGGAAUCGAUAGAUCCAUCUUUUCCUUUCAUGCUGGUUCUCCGGGAGCAGCUUUAAAAGCAGCGGGAAAGGAGAGAAAGAGUGGGAUUGAUCUGGGAGGAGUCGAUGCGGAAUAAACGCGGCUCGGGAGCCCUUUCCAGGGGAUAAAACAGAAACUUUGCUUUUCCCGCUUUUUUAAUGUUUGGGGUUUAUUUUUCCCUGCUGGGUGAGAGGCUUUUAAGGGAAGAAAAGGUUGGAUUUGGGUCAGCGUGGGGCAGGAGAGCCGGAGGAAAUCUUGGAAUGAAAUUCCAUUCCCGCUCCAGCUGGACUGGGAGAGGGGCAGGAGGUGCCGGGGGGUUCAAACCCAUCCCAGCCUGAGCAUUCCCAGUGUUUGGGGGAGGUUUUUCCCUAAGGAAUAUCCCAUUGGAGGGCUGCAAGUGGGGCUGGAGAUCCCUGGUGGGGGAGUUCGGAGCUGGGGAGGAUGAGGAGCAGGGAGCAGAGCCCGCAGGAUGAUUUUCCCCAUGGAUAAUUAUCCCCAUGGAUAAUUAUUCCCAACGCCCGCAGCUCUGGCUCUGCUCAGAUCCAGGGGCUGCUGGGGGUCCCGGGCAGAUUCCAUGGGAUAAUUCCAUGGGAUAAUUCCACCUGGAUUUUCUGGGAUGAGAGGGAACAGAAAAUGCCAUGGAUAUAAAAUGGAAUUCAUGGAUUUGUUCUGAGGUUCCUUGGCAGAUUCCACGGGAUAAUUCCGCCCAGAUCCUGUGGGAUGGGAGGACAUAGUUAAAUCAUGGAUAUAAAGUGGAAUUAAUGGAUUUGUUCUGAGGGUCUUGGGGGUCCUGGGCAGAUUCCAUGGGAUAAUUCCACCCAGAUUCUCUGGGAUACGAGGGCACAGUGAAUGCCAUGGAUAAAAAAAUGGAAUUCAUGGAUUUGCUGGGCAGUUUCGAGGGCACUGGGGGUCCUGGGCAGGGCCCUGGGGGUGCCGUGCUCAGGUUUUUACCUCUCCAACCUGUUCCUUGUCCCUGCCCCUUGUUCCCCAGCAGCUCCUCUCACCCAACUUUGCUGUUUCUCCAGGAAUGACCUCGAGGAGGAGCCCAGAAGAUGCAGCUGAGCCCGGCAACGACUCCUUUGGGGAGGAAGAAGAGUCCCAGCUCUGACUGAGGCGCCCCCAGUGCUUUAAGCUCCCAUUUCGGGGGCGCCAGGCAGGGGCUGACGCUUCCAGGGGCUCGCAUGGAGCAUCGCCCCCCACGGGCGCCGUCCCCACCUCGCCGUCACGCCGUGGCCAGCUCUGGAUGCUCCCUGUGACCUUCUCCAGCCCAAAAUGAGAGGCCUCCAGGCCAGCUGCCUCCUGCUGUGCGUGGUGGCCGCCGGCGCCAUGCCCACGGUGCCCUGGCGGGUGGCAUGUCCCCCGCGCUGCGUCUGCCAGAUCCGGCCCUGGUACACACCCCGCUCCGCCUACCGCGAGGCGGCCACGGUGGAUUGCAACGACCUCUUCAUCACCUCGGUGCCGCCAGAGCUGCCCGAGGGCACCCAAACCCUGCUGCUGCAGAGCAACAACAUCGCCAGGCUGGAGCAGGGCGAGCUGGGCUACCUGCGGAACCUGUCGGAGCUGGAUCUGUCGCAGAACAGCUUCUCCGACAUCUGGGAUUUCGGGCUCAGGAACAUGCCCCAGCUGCUCAGCCUGCACCUGGAGGAGAACCAACUCUCCGAGCUGCCCGAUGGCAGCUUCCCGGGCUUGGGGAAUCUUCAGGAGCUCUACCUGAACCACAACCGGCUCCGCCGCAUCGCCCCCCGCGCCUUCGCCGGCCUGGGCAGCCUCCUGCGGCUCCACCUCAACUCCAACCUGCUGAGGACGCUGGACAGCCGCUGGUUCCAGAUGCUGCCCAGCCUGGAGAUCCUCAUGGUCGGGGGGAACAAGGUGGACGCCAUCCUGGACAUGAAUUUCCGGCCCCUGGGCAACCUGCGGAGUUUGGUGCUGGCCGGGAUGCAGCUGCGGGAGAUCUCGGAUUACGCCCUGGAAGGGUUGAGGAGCCUGGAGAGCCUCUCCUUCUACGACAACAAGCUGGCAGAUGUCCCCAAGAGGGCUCUGCAGCAGGUGCCCGGCCUGAAAUUCCUGGAUCUGAACAAGAACCCGCUGCAGAGGGUCAAGCAGAGCGACUUCACCAACAUGCUGCACCUCAAGGAGCUGGGCCUCAACAACAUGGACGAGCUGGUGUCCAUCGACCAGUUCGCCCUCAUCAACCUCCCCGAGCUGACCAAGCUGGACGUCACCAACAACCCCAAGCUGUCCUUCAUCCACCCCAAGGCCUUCCAGCACCUUCCGCAGCUGGAGACGCUGAUGCUCAACAACAACGCCCUAAGUGCCUUGCACCGGCAGACGGUGGAGUCGCUGCCCAACCUGCAGGAGAUCAGCAUCCACGGCAACCCCCUGCGCUGCGACUGCGUCAUCCGCUGGGUCAACAGCACCCGGCCCCGCGUGCGCUUCAUCGAGCCCCAGUCCACGCUCUGCGCCGAGCCCCCCGACCUCCAGCGCCGCCACAUCCGCGACGUCCCCUUCCAGGAGAUGACAGAGCAGUGCCUGCCGCUCAUCUCCGCCCGCAGCAUCCCAGCGCGCCUGGAGGCCGAGGUGGGCGACAACGUGGCCCUGCACUGCCGGGCGCUGGCGGAGCCGGAGCCGGAGAUUUACUGGGUGACACCGGCCGGGGUGAAGCUGCUGCCGUUUGGGGACGAUGGAAAGUUCAAGGUGCACUCCGAGGGGACGCUGGAGAUCCGCGGGAUCGCGGCGCGCGAGGCCGGGCUCUACACGUGCGUGGCUCACAACCUGCUGGGCGCCGACACCCGCGGCGUCCGCGUGCUGGUCAAUCGAGCAGAAGAUCCUGCUAGCCCAUGA